UAUAUAUACCACAUACAGCUUGCCUUUGAAGUGCCACAAGGUUGUUUACUGAUAUAUAUGAUGAUCUGAGUUACUGCAAAAUUACCAAUAUGAGAUUAUACAUUUCUUUUACUGGAAACUUUUAAAACGAAUGUCACUUGAAUAAAAAUAAUGUUUCCUAUCAGGGUUAUGAUUACUUUGAUGAGUCAGUCAGAAAUGUAAUUAGGUGUUUUAAAAGAAAGAAAUUGCUUUAAUUUUAUCAUUUUUCUAAUUUAGCAAAAUGAUGUGUCUGCUGUAUUUCCCCUUGUUUGCUGCAUUUUUCUAUGAAUGUGCAACACAGAGAAAUGGGUUUGCAAUAGAAGGCGAGGCUUUUGUUAUGGAGUGUACAUUCUCUUCUAUGACCUGGUAUCUUGGUGACACAAGCAUAACUACAGACAAAGAAGCACGGAUACAUUCUUCUGGAUCCGAACUUUGGUUUCUGCCAGCUUUCACUAAGGACUCUGGAAAUUAUACGUGCGUUGACUCUGAGGAUGCUUCCAUUGAGGUUAAUACUGUAACAAUAUAUCCACGAAGAGAAAGCAUGUGUUACCAUGAGAAUAUUUUAUAUAGUGAAAUUGUGGGAAGUCUUGGAUCGGGAAAAAUUUAUUGCCCUACUUUUUAUAACUAUUGGAAUGCAUCUGCACCGAAGUGGUACAAGGACUGUAAGAAACUGCACGGAUCAAGGUACAGGACAGAGGAGAAUAUGCUUCUUAUUCAUGAUGCAAAUAUAAAUGACACUGGGAAAUAUACUUGCCAGUUUACAUAUAGACAUGGUAACAGAACACUUAAUGUAUCUGCAACAAGGGGUUUUAGAGUUGAUGAACUUCAUUUACGGAUACCAUUAACAGUUCUGUAUCCACAACCCAACGAGGUUAUAGAAGUCAAAAUUGGUUUACCUAAGAACCUUUCCUGUAAGGCAAUCUUGGGUGAAGGAGCUGAUCUAGUGGCCACUAGUUUCUGGGAAAAUUAUGUUGGAAAAGAUCCCAAGCGUUUUGUUCAUUUCAGACAUACGUGGAUGGAAGCUACCAAAAUUCAGGUCACGGAGGCCAUAUUACAAAUCAAAGAGGUGUGGAAAGAGGACCUUGGUUUAAAUUUCACAUGCUACAUGGCCAAUGAUAUGGGAUACAAAAGAGUGAAUGUUACUUUGCGUGAAGGCCCAUCUACAGGUAACAGCAACACCUGGCUGAUUGUAGCAUUUGUUAUCAUAUUAAUUGCUCUAAAGCUAUUGGGAAUACUUUACUAUUUGUUCCGAGUUGACAUUACAUUAUUGUACAGAAGAGUAUUUAAAUACACCAAAUCCAGUGAUGAUGGGAAAAUAUAUGAUGCAUAUGUUAUCUAUCCCACCAAUCUUGUAAAUGGCACAUUUGAAAAUAAUUUUCUGGGCUCUUUUGUUCAUCAGAUCCUACCAGAAGUUCUAGAAAAUAAAUGUGGAUAUAAAUUGUGUAUUUAUGGGCGAGAUGUGUUGCCUGGGGAAGAUGCUAUCAGUGCAAUCGAAAGGAGAAUCCAAAAGAGCAGGAGACUGAUAAUCCUCCUCACAGAAUACUUAGCCAAGACUCAAUGUUAUUUGUAUGAACACCAAAUUGCCUUUUACAACGCCCUUAUCCAUACUGACGUGAAAGUCAUACUGUUGGAAAUGGAGAGGAUUGGGGCAUAUACACAACAGCUUCAGGAAUCUCUCAGACAUCUCAUUCAUCAGCGAGGAACUAUAAAAUGGAAAACAAAAUAUAUGGCUCGCCCAACUUCAACAGACUUUGCAUUUUGGAAACAUGUGGAAUAUCAAAUGCCAGCAAGACGCAAACCCGAUAAAAGCUUUGCAUAUGUUAAUCUGUAAAAUGUUUGGUGUGUGUUCUAUUUGAAGGAAUAGUGUUCUUCUCCUCACAGAUACCAAGCCAUGUUUCAUCUGUAUUAUUUCAAAUAUAUGUGUAUCAAAUUAUGUAAGGAUAGGACUUUCCCAUUAUGCCAUGUAUUCAAGUUCUUAUUUAAAUAAAAGUUGUGUUCCAGCUAAUUGUUGAAUUGCUGCUCCUUCUUUGACUAUCCAUGGUUUCACUGUAUCUUUGAGAUUCCAGGAGGUCUUAGAGGUUUCUAUGGC